CGCCCCCACUCGGGAGGAGGGGGUGCCCCCGAGGCCCCAUCCCAGCCCCCCUGGGAGGGAGGGGGGAGGGAGGGAGUGCCCCUCUCGGGAUCCCCCCCCGCCCAGCAGCGCCCCCGGGCCGCCUGGCCUUUCCCGUCAUGCUCAGCGCCUCUUGGCAAGGCGGGGCGUGCGGGGGGUUUCCCUUCUCCGCCCUCCCCCUUGCAGCCCCCCCGGCAGGAGGAAAAGGGAGCCCCCGCCCCCCAAGAGCAUCCUCCUCCUCCGCAGGACUGGCACCUGCCCCCUCCCUCUCCCAGAAUGCUUCGCGCCUUUGGCCAGGCUCGCCUCGCCCUGGCCCGCCGCCUGCUCCCCCCCCAGAGUCCUCCCCCCCCCGCCCCGCGUGCCCGGCUGCCAAGGGGGCCCCUCCCCACCCUGCCCACCCGCCCCCUCCUAACUGGGCAAAGAGGCGCCCUUUUAACGUGGUGGUGGUGAUCCCCUUGUAUGGAGCAGGGGGAGAGCAACGGGUCCUCUCCAGCCCCAGCACAGCACCCCUCCAGGCCCUGUUGUUGCUGGCUCCUACCUUACGUUACUUCUUAGUUGGAGGAUACAGCAGAUGGUGCUUUUUGAUCUCUCAUGGAAGAGCCCAGGAUGGAUGAGAAGCCAGGAGACAGGGACUCGUCCCCAGAGAGGCCCCUGGCCACGAUGAGUCGUGCUUCGCGGAAGAGGGGGGCAGUGGCGAGCGGGAGCCGAGGGGCUGCCAGUCGGGCCCCGAAGAAGAAGAAGAAGGUGGCCCGCAAGGCCCCUAGGAGAGCUGCCCCCGAUUACCUUGUGCACGAGACAGACAAUGACAUGCUGCUGAUCAUUUCUAAUGUGGGUGAGAUGCGGGAGCGGCCAGCCCGGAAGGUGCCCAAAAGGAAGCGGAAGCCGCCGAAGGGGCUGCAGAAGCCGGCAGCAAGCAGAAGGCAACUAGUGAAGAGGAGGACUUGGCCAGAGCGGCCGGUGACUGCUGAGGUCGUGGGGGGAAGCAGGAAGGCAUCCCCCGCCAGCCUCCCGCCAGCUGCUGGAAGUUCUUGGGGUGAGCACCUCCCACUGGAGAUCUUGGUCCAGGUAUUCCAGCACGUUGUGGCAUCAGAAGGGGCAGUGCCUUUCCUCUGCAGGGUCGCCUGCGUCUGCCGGCUCUGGUACGGAGCGGCCUCAAGCCCUGUGCUUUGGCAGAAGGUGUCAGUUGGCCACUGCUGGGUGGCCCCAGGACAGAGGCAGUCCCCGGUCGUGGAGAAGAGAGUCUGUGGCACUAUGGAGUGGCUGGUUGCCAACAGACUUUCCCACCUCCGUGACUUCACCCUUUGCCACUGGAAGAACCAUGUGUCCUCUGUCCUGAGGGCCCUGGGCAGCUCCUGCCCCCUCCUCCAGUCUCUCAAGCUGUCCUACUGCAGCAAGGUGACCACCGAGUCCUUGUCCGCAAUUGCUGAAGGGUGCCCACAGCUGGAGAGUCUGAACCUGCAGAAUUCCCAGGUUGACUCUCUGGCUGUAGUGCAUUUUCUGGAAGCUGCUGGCACUCGAAUCCGGCACCUGUGGUUGACCUCCAGCAGCGCCACUAGCCCCAUCCUUGCUUUGCUUUCGAAUGGCUGCUGCCCAGGACUGCAACUCCUGGAGGUGAACACAGAGAUCAGGCAAAGCCUGGGGAACCUUCAGCUCCCCAUUGAACAGCUCCAAGCAGCCUGCCCACACCUGCAGGUGCUGCGCCUGCUCAACGUCCUCUGGGGCCCAAAGUCCAGCCCCCGCUCCGCUCGGGCCUCCCUGGGCUUCCCAGCGCUGGAAGAGCUGUGCCUGGCCACCACCAACUUCUCCUUCGUGGACGACCGUGUGCUGCAGCGGCUCCUGUGGGCUUCGCGCAGGCUCCGUGUGCUCGACCUCCGCGGCUGUUACCACGUGACCCCCAAGGGGCUGGAGCAGCUGCCGUGCCCAGACCUGGAGCAGCUCUACCUGGGCCUGUACAGCAGCCUCAACAGCGUGCCCUUGCCCCUCCAGGGCUGCGCUCUGGUCACCUGGAAGUGGCACCACAGCCUGCGGGAGCUGGACUUGACCGGGCAGAGGUUCAGCGAGCAGGACCUGGAGCAGGCCAUGGCUGCCUUCACUCAGGGGGAGGGCGAGGGAGGGGAGCCGCUCCUGAGCUCCCUCAAUCUCGCUGGGACCAAGAUUGUCCUCCAGGCGGUCAGCGCCCUGAUUGCUGGCUGCCCCGCCCUGCGGUACCUCAACCUGUCCUCCUGCCGCCACUUGCCUCGCAGCACCAAGAAGGCCUAUCGGGGUGCUGAGGAGAUCCGUCAGUGUCUGCACCAGCUCUUGACCAGCACCGAGGAGCCCGCCGGGCCAGUGGGGACCACGUAGCAGCGCUCUCCUCCUCCCUCCUCCUCCUCCUCCUCCUCUGUGGGGAUCCCGUCGCCCCCAGCACCAGCGCCGCCUUUCCAGGGGGCAGCAGGUCCCCUGCAAGGGUCAGGCCUGGGCCCCCUGGGCAUUACUGGGGCUGGCAGGUGCUCCCUUCCGAUGAGGAGGAUGUGUUUGGGAUGCCACACCCACCCCACCCUCUUUGGCGGGGGGGGGGCUGUUUUCUACUGUCUUUUCUAGUGUUUCUAGAAUAAAA